UUGGUUCUAUCUCAAAAGGGAUCGCCUCUGUCCAGUACCCCGGACCAAUCCGCGUCAGACCGUGCCGGGGCUCUGGCCAGGUGGGCUGGCCGCGUUCUUUCUUCUGACGCCCCGGCUCCUUCUCCUUUCUCAUUCAGCCGACUGUAAGCCUUGGGCUCACCGCUGCCCUAGCUCCCGCUGCCGGGCGAAGGAGACCAGCAUGGAGGAGGAGUGCAGGGUCCUGUCCAUCCAGAGUCACGUAGUCCGAGGCUAUGUGGGCAACCGAGCGGCUACUUUCCCCUUGCAGGUUUUAGGAUUCGAAAUUGACACCGUGAAUUCUGUCCAAUUUUCAAAUCAUACAGGUUAUUCGUAUUGGAAAGGCCAGGUGUUAAAUUCAGAUGAACUCCAUGACCUAUAUGAAGGUCUUAAGCUGAACAACGUAAAUAAGUAUGACUAUGUUCUCACAGGUUAUACGAGAGACAAAUCAUUCCUUAUAAUGGUAGUUGACAUCAUUCAAGAGCUGAAGGAGCAAAACUCCAACUUGGUAUAUGUGUGUGAUCCAGUGAUGGGUGACAAGUGGAAUGGAGAGGGCUCCAUGUAUGUUCCAGCAGAUCUCCUUCCAGUUUACAAGGAAAAAGUUGUGCCUGUAGCAGAUAUAAUAACUCCAAAUCAGUUUGAGGCUGAGUUACUCACUGGAAAAAAGAUUUCUACACAAGAAGAAGCAUUAGCGGUAGCAUGUGAAAAGACUGUGUCAGCCAUGCACCAUGUUCUUCAGAGGACCAUUAAAAGUGCUAAUGCACAAUCUGGAAAAGAGAAGAAACCCAGUCCAGCCCAACUGGAACUGAAAAUGGUCCAAAGCAAAAUGGAUAUAGAGAAUCCAGAGAUAAUUGUGAAAGCCACUGUGUUAUAGAGGAUAUGACCAUAUCACCAGUAAUACACAAUUGAUGUCUUUGUUUCCCAACCUGUAAAAAAUGUAAUAAUGUCUGCCUGAAAGAUGUGACUUAAACUUGAUUUUUUUCUCUCACAAAAUAAUAUCAAGUAUCAGCAGAUCUUUUUUUGUGAAAACGUGGUAGUUAUAUUUGGAUUUUAUUUCCUUGUUCAGAGGGAGAGAUGCUUUCCCCUUCAAUUCAUUCACUAUGUAUACUGUCCUGGACAAUAUCACAGGAAUGUCUUUUUCAAAAAU